AUGGGUCACUCACGACGUCCCGCAGGUGGGGAGAAGAAGAGCCGGUUCGGUCGCUCCAAAGCCGCCGCUGAUGUGGGCGACGGCCGGCAAGCGGGGGGCAAGCCCCAGGUCAGAAAGGCAGUGUUUGAGAGCACAAAGAAGAAGGAGAUUGGUGUUUCCGACCUUACUCUGCUGAGCAAGAUUUCCAACGAGGCAAUCAACGAUAACUUGAAGCUGCGGUUUCAACAUGACGAAAUCUAUACGUAUAUCGGACACGUGCUUGUCUCUGUUAACCCUUUCCGAGAUUUGGGUAUCUACACCGACCGUGUCCUCGACUCCUACCGGGGCAAGAACCGACUCGAAGUCCCUCCUCACGUUUUCGCCGUCGCCGAAUCCUCAUACUAUAACAUGAAAUCAUACAAAGACAACCAGUGUGUUAUCAUCUCUGGCGAGUCGGGUGCGGGCAAGACCGAAGCCGCGAAGCGAAUCAUGCAAUACAUUGCCAGUGUGUCCGGCGGAAGUGAUUCAUCCAUUCAGGAAACGAAGGACAUGGUUCUAGCGACCAACCCUUUGCUCGAGUCAUUCGGGAAUGCGAAGACAUUGCGAAACAACAACUCUUCACGGUUCGGAAAGUACUUGGAGCUGGAAUUCAACGCUCAGGGCGAGCCCGUCGGAGCCAACAUCACCAAUUACUUGCUGGAAAAGUCGAGAGUGGUAGGACAGAUUACGAAUGAGCGAAACUUUCACAUUUUCUACCAGUUCGCCAAGGGAGCCCCGCAGAAAUACAGAGAUUCAUUCGGCAUCCAACAGCCUCAGUCCUACCUAUACACGAGCCGAUCGAAAUGCUACGAUGUUCCCGGAGUCGACGAUGUGGCGGAGUUCCAAGAUACUAUGAAUGCGAUGUCGGUUAUUGGAAUGUCAGAAGCGGAGCAAGAUAAUGUUUUCCGAAUGCUGGCUGCGAUCCUGUGGCUUGGAAACGUUCAAUUCGGCGAGGACGAUUCCGGAAACGCUGCUAUUACGGAUCAGUCAGUGGUGGAUUUUGUCGCAUAUUUGCUGGAAGUCGACUCCGCCCAAGUCAAUCAAGCGUUGACUAUUCGCAUGAUGGAAACAAGUCGCGGUGGCCGCCGAGGAUCCAUUUACGAGGUGCCUUUGAACACGGUGCAGGCCGUGGCUGUGCGUGAUGCAUUGGCCAAGGCGAUUUAUUUCAACCUUUUCGACUGGAUUGUGCAGCGUGUAAACCAGUCACUGACAGCUAAGGGUGCGGUGACCAACUCCAUUGGUAUCCUUGAUAUCUACGGCUUUGAGAUUUUCGAGAAGAACUCGUUCGAACAGCUUUGCAUCAACUACGUCAACGAGAAGCUUCAGCAGAUUUUCAUUCAAUUGACGCUCAAAGCUGAACAGGAAGAAUACGAGCGGGAGCAGAUUACCUGGACGCCUAUCAAAUACUUUGAUAACAAGGUCGUGUGUUCCCUGAUUGAAGACAAGCGCCCGCCUGGUGUUUUUGCUGCUCUUAAUGAUGCCUGCGCAACCGCGCACGCUGAUUCUGGAGCCGCGGACAACACUUUCGUUGGACGACUGAACUUCCUCUCUCAAAACCCGAACUUCGAGAACCGGCAGGGCCAGUUCAUCAUUAAGCACUACGCUGGUGAUGUGAGCUACGCUGUUCAGGGAAUGACGGACAAGAACAAAGACCAGCUUCUGAAGGAUUUGUUGAACCUCGUCCAGUCGAGCGGCAAUCCCUUUGUUCACACAAUUUUCCCCGAACAGGUCAACCAGGAUGACAAGCGUCGUCCUCCUACUGCUAGUGAUAAGAUCAAGGCCUCGGCGAAUGACUUGGUAGCAACCUUGAUGAAAGCGCAGCCAUCCUAUAUUCGAACGAUCAAGCCCAACGACAACAAGGCGCCCAAGGAGUACAACGAGGGCAAUGUUCUUCACCAGAUCAAGUAUCUGGGUUUGCAGGAGAAUGUUCGCAUUCGACGUGCUGGUUUCGCUUACCGUCAGACGUUCGACAAGUUCGUUGAGCGUUUUUACCUCCUAUCACCCAAGACAUCCUACGCUGGUGACUACACAUGGACAGGCGACGUGGAAACCGGCGCACGACAGAUCCUCAAAGACACACGAAUCCCUGCCGAGGAGUACCAAAUGGGUAUCACCAAGGUGUUCAUUAAGACUCCCGAAACCCUCUUCGCCCUCGAAGCUAUGCGUGACCGGUACUGGCAUAACAUGGCCAUUCGAAUCCAGCGUGCUUGGCGAAACUACCUGCGGUACCGAACAGAGUGUGCCAUUCGAAUCCAACGUUUCUGGCGCCGAACAACUGGUGGACUUGAGUUUAUCAAGCUGCGUGACCAGGGUCAUCAGAUCCUGGCUGGCCGCAAGGAGCGCAGGAGAAUGAGUAUACUUGGUUCACGACGAUUCCUUGGCGACUACGUCGGUAUUGGUAACAAGGGAGGUCCGGGUGAGAUGAUCCGAAGUGGCGCAGCUAUCAGCAGCUCCGAAGACGUCCUGUUCUCUUGCCGUGGAGAGGUUCUCGUUUCCAAGUUCGGUCGCUCCAGCAAGCCUUCCCCACGUAUCCUUGUCUUGACAAAUCGACAUGUGUACAUCGUCGCGCAAAACAUCGUCAACAACCAGCUCGUCAUCGCCUCGGAAAGGACUAUUCCUAUCGGUGCGAUCAAGACUGUCAGCGCUUCAAGUUUCCAAGACGACUGGUUCUCGCUCGUUGUGGGUGGCCAGGAGCCUGAUCCGCUCGUAAGCUGCGUCUUCAAGACCGAGUUCUUUACCCACCUUCACAAUGCUCUCCGCGGGCAAUUGAACCUGAAGAUCGGUCCACAGAUCGAAUACAACAAGAAACCAGGAAAGCUGGCUACCGUCAAGGUAGUCAAGGACGCAUCGCAGGGUGAUAGCUACAAGAGUGGAACUAUACACACUGGCUCAGGGGAACCGCCCAACUCAGUAUCAAAACCUACUCCUCGUGGAAAGCAAGUCGCAGCCCGACCUGUCACGAAAGGCAAGCUUCUUCGACCUGGUGGUCCCGGCGGCGGACCGUCCAAGCUGGCAUCCAGGCCUGCAGCGGAUCGUCGGCCUGUACCGCAGCCUACACCUGCCCCGCGGCCAACACCAGCAGCUCAACCAGCAGCUGCGCCUAGACCAGUUGCUCAGCCUGUCGCAGAUCUUGCCGCGGCCCAUCAACGUACCUCGUCUACGGCGUCUGCAAGGGCGCCUCCCCCGCCUCCUCCAGCCACUGCCCCCGGACCCAAGAAGGCGAAGGUUCUGUAUGACUUCAACAGCGACAACAGCAGUAUGCUUUCGAUUAAAGCAGGCGAACUCGUCCAGAUCAUGUCUAAGGAAGGAAAUGGUUGGUGGCUAUGCAUGAACCUCGAUACGUCAGCUCAAGGCUGGACCCCCGAAGCGUACCUCGAGGAGCAAGUUGCCCCCGCACCGCGACCUACUCCUCCCCCUCCUCCGCCAACAGCUCCACGAUCAAGCCCUGCCCCCGUGAACGGAUCGGCCACCGCCGCGGCAGCAAAAGCUAAACCAGCGCCCCCACCACCUGCCAAGCGACCCAACAUGGCUGGCCGGAAAACGGCCCCUGCACCUCCACUCGCACCACGAGAUAGUGCCGUCAGCAUGAACUCGCAAGACUCGUCUGGCGCCAGUGGACGCGGCACACCAAACAGUCUGUCAAACGCUAGUCUCGCCGGCGGCCUUGCCGACGCACUGCGGGCUCGACAGACCGCCAUGCAGGGCAAGCGAGAUGACGAUGACGACGAUGACUGGUAA